ACGGAAUCGGAAGAAUUUAGUGCAGUUGCUAUUAGAUUUAGCGUCGUAUUGUUAUUUACUGGAAAGAAUUCAAUUGCAAUACUUACAGAAUUAAUCAAGAAGAAUUGCAGUUUCAGGCAUAAUUUUAAAACAGCUGUAAAUCAUAUGUUAGUUUUUAUUAGAUUUGUAGCUGCUG